CCGCCACAGCCUUCGUCGUCGUCGUCGUCGUCGCGCCGUCAUCGUCUUCGUCGUCGUCGUCGUCGUCGUUCCCUUUCGUUUUCUGACCACACACAAUCGUCGGUUCGACUUCGCACACAUUGUCCAACUUAUAUACGCUACACCGGUGGUGGUGCAGGUGGUGAUCCGCGGCUGACCGAAAUCGUCCGUCGUCGUAUCCUGCCAAAGUCCGCGCCGCCAUUCGAAAGAUGAGAGGGCGCGUCCCGUCCACGUUCGCCGUGCGCGCUUUCUACCUGAUAGCGUGCAUCGCGGUGGCCGUGGUGGGCGUCCAGGGCUCCGACGACAGUCUACGGUCCGCAUUGGAAGCCAUUUCUGAAAAAUUAGGACCAAAUGGACCGCAGGUGAUGGGGGCAAAACUCUACUUGAACCCAGAAAAUGGUCAACCAGAAGAUAUUGGCUAUGGUUAUCAAAAAAAUAUAAAAAAUUAUGGAAAUAUAUAUGAAGAAGAACGAAUACCAUUAAGCAAAGAAUAUGAAAACGGAUUAUCUGAGGAGUUGCUUAACUAUUUGGCUAGUAUAAUUCCUCAGGACAUUCAAAAAUCGUGGAGUAAAAAGUCGAUAUUCCGCGAAAGGGAAGGCUCUGACACGCCGGACAAUUUACAACAAUUAAAAUAUGAUAGAUACGCAACACCUUCUGCUUUUCGCGAACGAUACAAAACUAAUCCCAACAUAGGACAAGAUUAUAAAAACAAUAUGGACAAUCAAGGUGAUUACUUGUACGCGUUAAAUACACUUGUAGACAAAUACAUCGAGGAAAAUUUACAAGGCAUAACAGAUGAAGAGCUGGAGAGUUAUUUGAGGGCUCAAGAAGAAAAACGCAACAUGCCGGAAGAAUAUAAAAAUGUUUACGACUCUCUCUAUAAAAGGGCAAUGAAAAGGCAGUAUGUGUUUAUCCCCGGGAAUCAUAUGAGAAGAAAUAACAAGUACCGAAGUAAAUGGGUAAAGCCGAGAUUAAUGAAAAGGUCGAAGAAAAAUGUCGCAUUAAAUGAAUCGCACACAGAUCCAAAAGUGGCAGCUGAGCUUAACAAUAUUUUUCUUGGAUCAGAAUCAAACCCAACCGCUAACACCACAACAGAUGUAAAUAAUUGUGUAAAUCAAACAGCAAAACCAGGAGUGGACGGUAACAACUUAAAAAUAGAAUUGAAAAAAAAGUCUAUCGAUUGGAGUAAUUAUUUUGGAUACGAUAGAAAGAAAAAAUCGAUCGAGAACAUACCAUCCGAAGAUACCAUUUUAAAUCAAUAUAUACGUACCUAUGAGAAAGAAAAUGAAGAAAAUGAAGAGAAUAAUAUCAAUUUAAAAGAUGAAAAAUUAAUGUGGUUGGAAGAUACGCUAAUUAACGACGCACUGAAAUACACAGGAGCUAAUCAAGGUAUCAAUGAUCCAGAAGAAAUAAACAAUGUCAAAAACCAAGUACUCGCAAAUUUGAAUCAAGCAUACUACAUUGAAAAACUUAGAAAUGAAAAUAACGAGAAGCCAGGAAAACAAUAUGAAAAAGCAGAUUACGUUAUACCUGCAGGAAAUAACAGUCAACCUAUGAAUUCUAUACUGGAUAUAGCAGAGUCAAAUAAAGAAGCUAAUGGUAAUGAAUGUACUCAACUUCAACAAAUAACUCAGAACUGUUUAGAAUUGGGAGGAUCAGCUGGGGACUUAAUGUUACCCGUAUGCACGCUUUACCGUGUUUGUAGUACUUGUGAAUCCGAACAAUCAGAAUGUGAAGAUAAAUUUAUACAAGGAUCCCAUGAACUGUGUAGCAAAGCUCCAUUGUGUAGAUAUUUUUCACGUCGUAUACUACAACUUAUGCAAGAAAAUCCACUACAAAUACAAUGUCAUAAGUGCAUGGUUAACUUUUUACAGAAUGAAGAUUAAUAGACAAAUCUUUAAUAAUAUAAUUUGAUCAUAAUAUUAAUUUAAAAAUUGGGAAAUUAUACCUACAUAAUAUAAUUAUAUAAUUUAUUUAUAUAUAUAUAUAUGUAUACCUAAGCUUAAAUUAUAUUCAUUUAGAUGGUGCUUAUCUGUCUCAGAGUUACCAAUUUUGUUUUUGCUACUAUUUGCAAGUUAAAUUAAAAAAGAAGUAGUUCAUCAAUAUACCUGUCUUUAAUAAAAAUUACAAAAUAUUCAAAAAUACAUAUAUAUAUAUAUAUAUUAUAAUAAUAAUAAUAUAUACUAGUUAUUUAAUGAUUAUCAUCGGUACUGUUAUAAUCCUAAUAAACUUAAGAUGGCUUAAUCAUA